GCCUCUCGACGGGGCUCACCCUUCGCGCUAUUGAAUAUUAGAACAAAACACAAAAAAACACAGAAAUCGAUAUCUAGCGACAUUUCCUAUACCUAUAUUAAUCAAUUGAGCUUGGACUAAAUUCUUAUGAGGUGCCUUGUUUUUUUUUCCUCCAUGCAUCUUUAAACUGCACCGACGCUAUGACGUACAGUGCAGAUCGUCAUGGACGUCUUCCGCGUGCGGCUGAACUGCAUAGACCAUUAUCAAGCUAUCCCUACGAUAUAUGAUCCUCAGCUUCGCAAUGAUGUUCACCCGUCUCAAUUGAAUAAGGAGCCCAGGGUUCCCGUCAUUAGGGUGUUUGGUUCGACCGAAACAGGCCAGAAAGUAUGCGCUCACAUUCACGGCGCAUUCCCAUACUUGUACAUCGAGUAUAAUGGGAGUUUACUUCCCGAUGACGUGGGUGCUUACAUAUAUCGCCUCCAUCUCUCCAUUGACCACGCCUUAGCUGUGAGCUACCGUCGUAAUGCUCAUGAUAAGAAGAGUAAAUAUGUCGCUAGAAUCACCCUCGUCAAGGGAAUCCCGUUUUACGGCUUUCACGUUGGAUAUAGAUUCUAUCUUAAAGUCUAUAUGCUUAACCCCCAGGUCAUGACCCGACUUAUCGAAUUACUCCAACAGGGGGUCAUUAUGAAGCGGAAGUUUCAACCUUUCGAAGCACACUUGCAAUAUUUACUGCAAUUUAUGACCGAUUAUAACCUUUACGGAUGCGGGUAUAUAGAAUCUCAAAAGGUUUCUUUCAGGGCUCCAGUGCCCGCCUACGAAGAACAUCUGGAACUUUCUCAUCUAUGGCAUAGCCAAUCGGUCUCAAAGUCUUUAAUCACUGAUGAUCCGGAUCUUCCCCGUGCUAGCCAUUGCUCCAUAGAAGUCGAUAUAUGUGUUCAGGACAUCCUUAAUCGGCACGAGAUUAAAGAGAGGCAACUUCAUCAUGAUUUUGUCGAGAGGAAGUACCCUCUAUCUUCCGAUUUGAAACUUGUUCACAGCAUGGCGGGACUAUGGAAAGAUGAGACGAAGCGUCGCAAAAGAAGAAUGCUCGGUCGAACACCAGGAACCAGCAGCCCAUUUCCUCCAGAAGCUUUGGUUUCCAUGUCUGCAGACCCACGUAACUCACAACCCUCCGGAUGGGUCCACGAGGAGGAAUAUAGAGACCAGAUCCAGGGAUUAAUACAGCAAGAAUACGAGCAAAGCGACGGUGGAAAGAUCGAUUUCGAUACAUUCGUCAAAGACAUACCCUUAGGAUCAACUGUCAAAACUCUACUGCAGUCUGUUGAGGACCUCUACCCUGAUAACCUCGGGUCUGUGCUAGGCAUAGUAAGUCAACGGUUCGAAGACGAUGAUAAUCCUACUAGCAGUAUUAUUGUAGACGACAAGCGUAUUCUUGAUAUUACAUUGUACGAAGAUGGUACCUUUUCAGAUGAUUCGGACGAGGAAAUGACGGGCGGACUUGACCCGUUGAGGAAUAAAGAUCUCAAUGUCAGGAAAUUAAAGCCAACAAAAGCAGGCAAGGCACUACGUGAAGACUCGGGCAAAAUUAAGUCACUUAACUCCCUUAAUCAGAUAACCUCGGGUGCCGACGCAGAAAAGGAGAAUCGCCCCGAGUUGCUAAUCAAUGGGAUUUACGCGAGCUGUUUGCGUACCGGGAGCCGGCAACGCCUGCCUAUCCCAGAAGUUUUGCUAGAUAUUGCAAAGGAGCAAGGAAUGGUGAGCAAAGCUCCUCAAGAUAUGCAGCAUAUACUACCUAAAAGAGCCGCAAAGCGUCCGCACUCACCUUUCCGGCAAGGAAAAGAAGCAAAGCACCGUCGUGUAGAGUUUAUUUCGACUCCGGAUCUGGAUAAGACAAGCAUUACAGAGAAACCGAUAACGAACCUAAGAGUGCCAACCGGAUCAGACGCGCGGGUAUCAUCUACACAAGUUACUCAAUCGAACUUAAAGAAAAAUCCCAAAGGAUCCGGAAAUCACGUACUCAAUUUUCCAGUUGUGAAGAACCCCAACGACCCAAGCACUAAGCUACGACUAAGCCAGCAAACAAACUCCCAGAAGAGUGAAAAUGGCGAAUUUGAGAAACACGUCAGAUUUAGCCCAUGGUCCCCGACAGACGAUACUUCUAGAAGCUCAAAUUUACACACAGACAAAACAGAGUCUGAUAGUUCUACACCGAAACGUACCAGAGGAAAGGAUCCUAGAAAAAUGAUUGAUAUUGGAUGUACCCCUCGGCCUCGAGCUCAAUUCUUCAUUUUUGGCCAAUCUCCACCCUCGACAGCAGAGGUCCUGUCUACCAUGGAAUCUUUAGACCGUCCUAACGUCAUAUACCAAGAUGCCUUCUAUAGCAACGAGAAAGACGUGCCACAGAGAAUUCGUGAGUAUGCUGGUCAGGAAUUUCGUCUUGAAGGUAACACUCUACCCUAUCUUCCGGAUUUUGACCCCACAGGGGAAUCUCCGGCCAAUUUUGGACUCAAACCCGACGUGCUCCGUGAUUUCGAAGGAGAUGAGAAGGUUUAUCAGAAGUUACGCGAGGAAUGUUCACUAAAGAGCUGGGAAAUUGCAGAGCCACCGCCUAGUUUUGAGGAAGUACAGACUUGGUGGUCGAAAACGCAAGAGACAGCAAGAAAUUCUCAGGAGCCUGUCAUAAAGCUUCGUGAUCCUGAGCUCAAACCAUGUCUAUCACAAAUUGGCGGGCCCACCCCUAAGAAUAAACAUAACUUUAAGUAUUCCCAGAAGAGGAAGUCUACAAGUGUCCAGCACGAAGCACAGUACAUGAGUACGAUGAGCCUGGAGAUACAUGUUAAUACGAGGGGCAAGUUUUUUCCAAAUCCGGAAGAAGAUGAGGUCCAAUGCGUUUUCUGGUGUUCUAAGUCAGAUGAGAAUUUUGCUACUGGUGAUAAUGCGUCACAAUCGAUACAAUCCGGCGUUAUUGUUCUCUCGGAAGAUGGGUCUUUGGCACGAAGAAUACAGAAGCAAAGUCCAGUCUCGACCGAAGUCAUUGAGGAACCGUCAGAACUUGACUUAAUCGUGAGGAUGGUUGAGAUUGUCAGAACGCAUGACCCGGAUAUCCUUACUGGAUAUGAGGUACACGGUAGUUCGUGGGGAUACUUGAUCGAACGAGCAAGAUUCAAAUACGACUACAAUUUAUGUGACGAAUUCUCGCGCAUGAAGAGCCAAUCUUUCGGACGGUUUGGGAAAGAAGCAGAUCGAUGGGGUUUCAACACUACUUCUACAAUUCGAGUCACAGGUAGGCAUAUGAUCAACAUAUGGCGCGCUAUGAGAUCAGAACUCAAUCUCCUUCAAUACACGAUGGAAAACGUUGUUUGGCAUCUGCUACAUCGACGAAUUCCUCAUUAUCCUUGGCAGACCUUAACAGAAUGGUACGUUGGAGGGAAACACCACGAUCUGAGCAAGCUUCUUCGGUAUUAUCUAAGUCGAACGAAGCUUGACAUAGAGAUUCUCGAAGCGAACGAGCUCAUUCCUCGUACAAGUGAACAAGCACGCCUUCUCGGCGUUGACUUCUUCUCCGUCUUCUCUCGCGGAUCCCAGUUCAAGGUAGAGUCGAUUAUGUUUAGAAUUGCGAAGCCCGAAAAUUUCGUGCUAGUUUCUCCCGACAGGAAGCAAGUGGGGAGUCAAAAUGCGCUCGAGUGUCUUCCUCUUGUCAUGGAACCUCAGAGUGCAUUCUACAGUAGCCCUUUGGUUGUUCUCGACUUCCAAAGUCUAUACCCUAGUGUCAUGAUCGCUUAUAAUUACUGCUACUCGACUUUCCUCGGCCGCAUUGUCAAUUGGCGCGGCACGAACAAGAUGGGGUUUACGGAUUAUCAGCGGCAGGAGAGACUUUUGGAAUUGCUCAAAGACUAUAUCAACAUAUCUCCCAACGGCAUGAUGUACUGCAAGCCAGAGGUCAGAAAGUCCUUACUAGCAAAAAUGUUGACGGAGAUCUUGGAAACGCGAGUAAUGGUCAAAAGCGGCAUGAAGCAGGACAAAGACGACAAAACGCUGCAGAAGCUUCUCAACAAUAGACAGCUCGCUUUAAAGUUGCUUGCAAAUGUCACGUAUGGAUAUACAUCUGCAUCAUUCUCAGGCCGCAUGCCAUGCUCCGAAAUUGCGGACAGCAUUGUACAGACGGGGCGUGAGAUUCUCGAAAGAGCCAUUGCUCUGAUACAUUCAGUAGAGAAGUGGAAAGCUGAAGUCGUAUACGGCGAUACGGAUAGUUUGUUCAUUUAUCUACCGGGCAGGACUAGGGAUGAAGCGUUCGACAUUGGCAACGAGAUCGCUAAAACAGUGACGGACAUGAAUCCCCGACCGAUCAAGCUCAAGUUUGAGAAGGUCUACCAUCCGUGCGUUCUGCUUGCAAAGAAGCGCUACGUCGGUUACAAGUACGAGAGCAAGGACCAAGUAAAGCCCGAUUUUGACGCCAAGGGUAUUGAGACGGUCAGGAGGGAUGGAACACCUGCCGAACAAAUGAUAGAGGAGAAGGCGCUUAAGAUUCUCUUUGAGACAGCCGAUCUCAGUCAAGUCAAAUCUUAUUUCCAGAAGCAAUGCGAAAAGAUCAUGCGCGGGGCUGUGUCAAUGCAGGAUUUCUGUUUCGCGAGGGAGGUUAAACUAGGAACCUAUAGCGACAAGGCACCGCCACCACCAGGCGCCUUGAUCAGCACGAGAAAAAUGCUUGAAGACGCGAGAGCAGAACCUCAGUAUGGCGAACGGGUACCUUACGUUGUCAUCUCGGGAGCUCCCGGAGCGCGCCUUAUCGACCGCUGCGUGGCCCCUGAGGAAUUAUUAACCAGCCCUCAUCUUCAACUGGACUCAGAGUACUAUAUCUCCAAAAAUCUGAUCCCGCCGCUCGAACGCAUAUUCAACCUUGUCGGGGCCAACGUGCGGCAGUGGUACGACGAGAUGCCCAAGGCACAACGAAUUCGGCGCGUGGACGCAACCUCUUACAGCGGCGGGAAGAACCCGUUCGUGAAAAAGACGCUGGAGUCGUACAUGAAAGCCGCGGCUUGUCUGGUGUGCGGCUGCAAGGUCAAGACGGAGGAAUACUCGGUGUGCGCGAGAUGCCGGCGAAACGCGCCGGCGUCGCUGCUCAAGCUGCAGGCUCAGCUUAAUCAGGAAGAAACGAAGCUGACGGAGGUGACGAAGAUAUGUCAGAGCUGCGCGGGGCUCGCGCCGCUGGAUAGCGUGCCUUGCGACACCAAGGACUGCCCCGUGUUCUACACGCGGAUGAAGCAGGUGGCGCGGUACAGGGCGGAGAAGAGCGUUAUAGAGCCGGCUGUGAAGCAGCUCCUGGAUGAUGAGGUUGGGAUGGAGGAGUUAGGUUGGUGAGGCCGAAGGGGGGUGGAAGGGAGUUAGGUACCUGUUUAUGCCAAUGGUACGCUACGCUUAUGACCUUGGGAUUCCUUGAAUUCCUUGGAUUCCUUGGAUGAUUCCGUUUCCAUGUAUACAAAUCCAUACACUUAUUGGACUACUUACCUCCUAAUGUAUUGCAUGGCUUUUUUAGAAUAGGGGAUGUGCGAUGAAUGGGGUUUAAGCUCUUUUAAAGGGGACCAUUUCAAAGCCACAGGUGAUUACCUAUCAGGCGCUAUUUGAAGUCUGCCCCGCGAACCUACGAACGCCCCACGUGGCUCUUUUGGCAAAAGCGCGUGCAGCCUGUGACGUCCCCCCAGCCAAGACAAUUGGAGGCUAUUGGACUGCCUAGCUGCCUGGGUUCCGUUUUUAACCUUCCAUCUCCCUCUAGCUAGCGCUUAU